UUUUAUGGGUGGGGUGAGAUAAUAAAGCAAUAACAAGGCUUUGAUCAACAACACAUCCUACGCAGGCAAUUUAGGGAGCUACGCUAAUCGAGCUAGUAGCUACAAGAACACAAAUAUAUAAAGCACAGCAGACAUGAAACGGGCAAUGAAAAGCAGUGAGAGUAAAGAACAGCUGGUUGGAGACCUCCGCUCCAGGAGUGGUGGUCGAAUCAUGCCCAUGCCAGUUACCGUAUCCGGAGUGUCUUGUGUUUCAUUCUUUUGGCUCUCAGCUACUUUCCUUCUCCUCAGUGGUUUGGUGAUUGCUGGUGGAUUCUCAAACUGGAUCAGCAAUCGAGUGGAACGCUCACCGCUCAGAAAUCCACAAAGAAUCGAGUUGUCUAAUGGACUCGAUAGUGUGGACUUGGGACUCUACUAUCUUUGUUUCAAUCUCACAGCCUGCCCCGACAGUAUCUGCUCGGAUAGUUGUGGGGCUAGUGGAUUUUGUGGCUGCCAUACUUACUUUACGUACAAUCCUGCGACAAAUUUCACCAACAACGGCCGCACCACCCCCACAAACAUGAAGAAAGUUGAAUCUGUUGAGGAGAUCAAGUUUCUGUUCUCUGCUAGCAUUAUAUAUGCCAUUGGUAUUAUCCUACUCUUCAUCUCUCUGAUGAUUGGGAUCUUGGCCUUCUGCAAACCUCGAAUUCGUGGCUGGUCGUUGUUUAUAUUUUCCUUCCUAUUCCAAGUCUUUGCAGCCGUGUUUCUUAUCACAGCACUGAUCCUACUCCCUUUAUUCUUCAACUCCACAUUUGCAAAACAGUUUUGUGGUGAAGAGUCCGCCUACUACAGACGUGGGCAGUGCUAUGUUGACUGGUCUCUUUAUCUGGCAAUGGUAGCGACAGCCUGUUCUCUCUACCUCCCAGCCCUCUCCAUAUUUGCCAUGAACAUUUCUGAUGGCCUCAAUGCGCACGUCUGUUGCUGAACAAUUAUAGUAGACACACCCUAGUAUCACUUUUUAUUCUGCAUGCAGCACUGCAACUUAGGUGCAACUUGAUCAGAUAGCCUACGUAGAUCUUUGUCUUUUUGUACGUAGCAUUUUUCUCGUAGCAUAGUAGAUAAUUUAUGAUGUACGGCACCUGUAAAUUAAUUGUUUUUUUUAUUACCAUACUCUUUUGGCA